AUGGUGGGAGGUGCAAGUCACGAUGGUGGCAGUACCGCAGUGGCCUUUGUGUUGGUAGCGUACUGGUUUUUCACUCUAGAUAGCGAGGCAUGUGGUGGUUGCUUUGAUCAGAUGUCAGUUGAUGGUUCAUGUGGCAGUGGAGAUGUGAUUGACGAUAAAGACAAGGUGGUGAAUGUAAAAUAUCAAUUGGGCUUAGUUUCAUCUCUGUCUGAGGAAAGUGCUCGGAAUGGUGAUUAUGGAUAUGAGUGGGACUACAUGGUUGAAGGCAAUCAUGUUCACUUUAAUGAACCAGAAGAGAUAUCUAGUCAGAGGAGUGAGCAGAAUUGGACCCUUUUGGGAUCAUCCAAUAGAAGCAAGAAACAUUCUGAGAGGAUAUUCUUCUUGAAGUACGAGGAUAUGAAAGAAAAGCAUGUUGUUCAUCUAAGAUGCCUCGCCGAGUUCUCGGAAUGCCCAUUUUCUGUAGAUGAAGAAGAAACAGGUUUGUUGGAGGAAAUCUUGAAAUUGUGCAUCUUUGAUAAUUUGAACAAUUUGGAAAUCAACAAGACUGACAAGUUGGCAUAUGGUAUGCAAAAUAAAACAUCAUUUGGAGAUUGGAAGAAUCAUCUGACUGCUGAAAUGGUGAAUGAACUCGAUCAAAUUACUGAACACAAGUUCAGUGAGAGAGAAAAGCGAGCGAGGAAAGAGAAAACGCAGGGCGCCCUUCCCGUUCAAAAUCCCCAAUGGUUACUCUCUAAAACCCUAGAAGCGACUCCAGUUUGGGGAAAAUGCUACUCUCCAUUCCCGAACUCCGUCUGGCGAGUAUGUUGCAAUCCGUCUCCGUCUCCGUCUCCGUCCCCGCCGCCGUCCGAAGCUACUGAAUCCCCUGCUCAUCGAUUUGAAACUUUUCAACUGCUGGACGUCCGAAGUAGCAAGCAGUCGACAAUCACACAAAUCUCCACGUCCCAAGUCCUCGCGAGCAAAGCUCACGAAGAGCAUGAACUUACUGCUUUGGCUUCUGACUUUAGAGCUAAGGAAGAGCAUAAUCUUACUGGUUUUCAGUUUUUAAUUGAAGAGAGCAUAAACUUAUUGAUUUGGGCUUCUGCAUAA